GGCGGGCUCCGCGCUCCUGCUGGCGGCAUCGCCGUGCGCCGGAAGCGCCGCCAUGCGGGGCCGGCUGCUGCGGGCCUGGCGGCAGGGGGUGAAGGCGGCGCUGCCGCCAUGGCGGGUGCUGUUCUUCGGCACCGACCGCUUCGCCGUCACCGCGCUGCGGGCCCUGCAGGAGGCCAGGGAGCCCAGCGAGGACUCGCUCGUGUCCAGGCUGGAGGUGGUGACCCUGCCCUCGCGCCUGCCCGGGGACCUGCCUGUGAGGAGCUGCGCCCGGGAGCUCCAGCUGCCUGUGCAUGAGUGGCCCCACACCGGCCCUGCGGGGCAGUUUGAUGUGGGUGUGGUGGCAUCAUUUGGGCGUCUUCUGAGCGAGGAGCUUAUUCUGCAGUUCCCAUAUGGCGUGCUGAAUGUCCAUCCCAGCUGCCUCCCUCGAUGGCGUGGUCCUGCACCCAUAAUCCACACAGUGCUUCAUGGUGAUAAAGUGACUGGGGUGACAAUUAUGGAAAUAAGACCAAAAAGGUUUGAUGUAGGUCCAAUUAUUAAGCAAGAAGAGUUUGCUGUUCCUCCCCGCUGUACUGCAAAGGAACUGGAAGUGGUAUUAUCAAAGAUGGGUGCAAACAUGCUGAUAUCAGUUCUGAGAAACCUGCCUGAAAGUUUGAAAAAUAAAAAAGAACAGCCAGAAGAAGGUGUAACAUUUGCUCCUAAAAUAUCUAUAGCUAAGAGCUGUGUAAGAUGGGAAGAGCAAACGGCUGCACAAGUAAUUCAACUGUAUCAUGCAAUAGGAAGUAUGUUUCCUUUGCAGACACUGUGGAAGGGAACUACAGUUAAACUUCUGGAUUUUGUGGAAGUGGAUGACAUCCCUGGUUUUGCUGAUCAAACAUUAAAUGACUGUGGAGCUGUUCCUGGUUCACUCCUAUACCAUAAAGCAUCCCAAACGCUGAUAGCUCGUUGCAAGGAAGGCUGGGUUGGAAUCAAAGCAGUCGUAUUAAAGAAGAAGCUUACAGCAGUUGACUUCUACAAUGGAUAUAUGCACUCUUGGUUCCAGCAGAAGUCAAGAGCAGUUCAUCAGGAAUGCAGAUUUCAAACACUCAAACUUAGCAGGACAAAAAAGACUCUGAAAGAGAGGGAAAUGUUGUCACAGAAUAUUAAGCAAUAGAUGUAUUUUAAAAUGUGGGAGAUGAUGUCUGUAAGUUAAUAGUAAUAUAAAAUAUUUCGGUGCCUACCUAUAAUGUUCAGCUUAGUUGAACUUUAAGUUUUCCUCCCAGAGUGUUUGAUCUUGCUGUCAUCUGCAUUUUUUCGUUGUGGGCUCCUGAAGAUACUUAUUUCUGUUUCUUCCAUAAAGAAAGAGAAUCUCUGAGUGUUGAAGGUAGUACAUAAAUCCCUGUUUCCGCUGUUGAGCAAUAAAUUUAUUUUUAUACAAGGUUUUCAGUUUCUCUUUAAGGGCUUUCUUCAGGUGCAAGUUGUGCACAGUUACUUCAGUCUGGCAAUACUGAAAUCCUGUGCUGCUCUGGAAUUCAGUUCAGUGCUUAACGAGACUCUUAGAUUAUCUAGUUUAAUUUUUUUUUGCCUUGGUAUCCUUGCAUUGAGGUGAAUAACUUAAGCCUUAAUUGGGAACAUCUAGAGAAUUUUUUACUGUCCGUGAUAGUUCUCUUGUUUUAAUCUUUUUCAUUCUGUUUCUAAAAACUUAUAAUUCACCUUCUCAGUAGAUCAUUUUCUUUGGUAUAUUUAGCUUUUCUGAUUGAUAACAUAUGUUUCCUACUUAA